AGGCUGACGCGCGCGUCAACAGCUCAGUAUUCACCGUGCUGUCAGGAGGGGAGCAUCUACGCGUCGCUGAGUCUCUCUACGAGCUUACAAACAGAUGCGUAUUGGUGAUAAUGUGAACGACCGAGCGCUGGGCUAGGAUGAUACCUCUGCAAUACAUAUUUGGCGUACUACUCGCUUCAGCACUAGUCGCACAAUCUGGUAUAGCGUUCCAACCCGAGUUUGCAGAGCCCCUGGAAAACCUGACAGUUGCAGUAGGGAGAGACGCCACCUUUAGGUGCACAGUACAGCACCUGGGCGGAUACAGGGUUGGCUGGGUGAAGGCUGACACGAAAGCGAUACAAGCAAUCCACGAUCACGUGAUCACUCACAACCCUCGUGUGUCUGUGAGUCACUCGGAUCACUCCACGUGGAACCUACAUGUCCGCAGUGUACAGGAGGAGGACAGAGGACAGUACAUGUGUCAGAUCAACACGGACCCCAUGAAGAGUCAGAUGGGGCACCUGGACGUAGUGGUUCCGCCAGACUUUGUCAACGAGGAGACCUCCAGUGACGUCAUGGUGCCUGAGGGAGGAACUGCCAAGUUGACGUGCAAAGCCCGAGGAUAUCCAACACCUCAUGUUACCUGGAGAAGGGAAGACAACGGCGAGAUCGUCGUCAAAGAGGCUGGAGGAAAGACCAAAGUGACGUCAUACCAAGGGGAGGUUCUGAAGCUGCCCAAGAUCACGAGGGGUGAGAUGGGUGCCUACCUGUGUAUAGCCUCUAACGGCAUCCCACCCUCUGUAAGCAAGAGAAUACUCGUCAACGUGCAUUUCCAUCCAGUGAUUCAGGUGCCCAAUCAGCUGGUAGGGGCUCCUACUGCCACUGACGUCACUCUAGAGUGCUAUGUGGAGGCAUCGCCAAAGUCCAUCAACUACUGGGUGCGCGACUCUGGAGAGAUGGUGAUUUCGAGUGAGAAAUACGAAGUUCAGAGUGUCACAAAGUCUUUGUUCGAGGUGAAAAUGAUCCUCAUCAUUCGUGGAUUCAAUAAACCGGAUGUUGGUUCAUACCGAUGCAUUGCCAAAAACUCAUUAGGAGAAGUGGAGAGCAAUAUCAGGCUAUAUGAAAUCCCCGGACCCACGCGGAAGGUGUACCAAGGACCGCCUGACGACGAGGAGGAUCAGAAUUACGAGGUGUACGGCUCAGCCGAGGAAGAGGGUCAAGACGAAAUAUCAAACUCAGUUCAGGUUGUAGCAGGUUGGGGGGACACUCCUACUUCCUCAGGAGUUCCCUCAAAAGGUACCUUCAACACUGUGCAAGUGUUAGACGGUGCAGCGCCCAGCAGUGCUUCACGGCAUGCAGGCACUCUAAACACGAUACUCUCUGCGAUAUAUAAAACCCGAUUAAGCAUUAGAACACGAGCAAUCAGUUUCUCCAAUACAUCUUCUUUGUGGAAGUUAAAUGUGUUUUUUGUCAAAACACUUUAUUUCCCUGUAACUAUUUGCACGAAUCUUUUACUCUCGGUUUGUUUUCCAACUCAGACAUUGUUUAGUCUCUGACACGAAGUCCGUUUAAGAUCACACAUGUUUGCUCCAUAGUCUCCGGUGAUUGCAAUAGACUUUAAGAGACUGAGUAUUGUUGUUAGUGUAAAUUGUUAGAGUUGUAAACUUUGUUUGAGGGAAAGCUAUACAAAUUGUUUAUUUUAUUAACUCAUAAUUGCGCUUAUAGUGAAUUGUAUCCAAUUAACAAAAGUAUUUUGAGAUUCAAUUAAAGUUGUACUUGUCAACAAACGAGUAUAUCCAAUUAUGUGUUAAAAAUAUUGAUGGGAAAAGAAUCACAAUAAAUAACUAAUAUUGUACCUAUCUAAAGAAUACAACUCUACAGUAAACUAUCCAAUAGAAAAUAAA